AUGCCCGGCCUCACCAUCAUAAACGACGGAACACAGGCCACGCCGGCCUCCGGCGCGGCGCACGGUUCCGGACCCGGCUCCGCACCUCAACAACAACCAUCUCAACCUCAACCACCACCACCAAACUCAUCAUCACGACAAGCACCACAACGCCAUCAACAACCACCACAACUCCCCACCACGAUCACAACCACCAGAGCACCCUCCCCAACCCGCCCCCCAAUAUCCCCCAUAACCCCCAAACUCGACCCCACCAAACCGACCAUCCCCCCUCACCUCCCAAAAGAAACCCCUAUCCCACCCCCAACAAUCCCCGACUUCUCCCUCUCCCGCCCACCCCUCUCCCACACCUCCCAACCCCAAGCCCAAACCGCCAUCCCCCCUCCCCAACCAGUCCCACUAGACUUCGACUCCAACCCCGACGUCCUAGCCCUCAAAUCAGCAAUCUCCAUCCUCCAACUCCAGCGCCAACGCGCCCAAGCAGAUAUCAAAUCCCUCCACAAAGCUAAACUCUCCGCCCUCUCCGACCCAGCCUCCUUUGUCGCAGACCUCACAAUCGGAAAGGUUGGCCAAAAGGAAGAGGCCCUAUUCGGGGGAUCACCGCCCUCCGACUCUGACUCUGACGACUCCGACGAGGACACUAAGAAGCAAGAUGGAGAGGAGAAGGAAAAGGAGCCAGCAUGGAGGAAGUUACCCAAACCACAAACUGUCGUCCGAUGCCCGCCUAUAAACUGGAAUCAGUACGCAAUCGUGGGCGAGAGUUUGGAUAAGUUACAUGCUGAACAGCUCAAGGCGCCGACGCCGGGGGUUCCGGUUGUGAUGACGGGGGGGUCAAACCAGGGGACGGCUGGGAGGUUCGAGUUUACGGCUGGGCAGCAGGAUGGUGGUGGAGGUGCAGGAGGGGGUUUGAUGGGGAGUAAUCAGCCGCAGAAGUUGGUCGGGAUCGCGGCGCCGUAUGUGCCGGGGAGGGACAAGAUUGAGAAGAAGAGGGGAGGGAAGCGGUCGUGA